CUGGGCGUGGGAGGGGGGCAUGCCAAAGGCGAAGCCGAGCAACCCUGCGCCGCCGCUAGAGCCAGUCUCCCUGCACGGGGCGAGCGCAGCAGCCUCCUCCUUCCUGGAAGCCCUUCAGGCAGGCGGGGCUAUUCGCUGCCUUGCAGAGGCCGAGCCUCCUCCCGUUAGGAGCUGCAUCCCUCACUCUUCCUUUCCUUCCUUCCUCCCUUCCCUCUCUCCGGUCCGUCUCUCUUUCGACUCCCGCCUCCCUCUUUGCGCGCAGGAGCCGCGUCUCCGGGAGCUACUCCUUUCUUUCCGAAGCUAAUCUCUGUGGCCUGCAAGGGCUGAGAAAGCCAGGCAGCCAAGAUGCCCCACGGUAAGCAGACAAGAGUGCUUCUUCUCAACGACAUGGAAAAGCUGGACAAGACCCUCUUCCGGCUGGAGCAAGGUUUUGAACUACAGUUCCGUCUGGGGCCUACCUUGCAAGGCAAACACGUUACGGUGCAUACCAACUACCCAGCUUCUGGAGAAGGGUUCAACCGUCACAAGUUCAGGUGCCUGUCGUGGCACAACCCAACUGGGAAAGAAGAUGAUUCUGACAAAUACUGCAAACUGGAUCUCCAGAUCUCUGGGUCAUACCAGUAUUAUUUCAGUCAUGAAGAUAAGAAAAGCGGUGGAGGUUACAUAGUUGUGGAUCCUAUUUUGCGUGUUGGUGCUGACAAUCAUGAAUUGCCCCUGGAUUGUGUUACACUCCAGACAUUCCUGGCUAAGUGUCUGGGACCAUUUGAUGGAUGGGAAGAUCGUCUUCGAGUCGCAAAAGAAUCUGGUUACAACAUGGUUCACUUGACACCAGUCCAGAAACUUGGUUUAUCAAGAUCAUGUUAUUCAUUAGCUGAUCAGCUGGAAAUAAAUCCUGAUUUUUCAACCCCUAACAAAAAGUGUUCUUGGAGUGAGCUUGGACAACUAGUGGAAAAAAUGAAAAAUGAAUGGAAUAUGCUUUGUAUUACCGAUGUAGUCUACAAUCACACUGCUUCAAAUAGUGAAUGGAUAACUCAGCAUCCAGAAUGUGCAUACAACCUUGUUAAUUCUCCUCACUUGAAACCAGCCUGGCUUUUGGACCGAGCCCUGUGGCAUUUAACCUGUAAAGUGGCUGGUGGGAAAUGCAGCGACAAAGGCGUUCCUCCGCUGCUUGAGAACGAACACCACUUGAAUAAUGUCCGUAAAGUCAUUUGGGAGGAUAUUUUCCCGAAGCUAAGAUUAUGGGAAUUUUUCCAAGUAGAUGUUAACAAAGCAGUCCAGCAAUUUAAAACUCUAUUGACUCAAGGUGGUUCUAAAGUUAAAACUGACCCCAAUCAACAUCUUGCAAUUGUUCAGGAUCCUGAAUUCAAGAGACUCGGCUGUACUGUAGAUAUGAACAUUGCAUUGAACACCUUCAUACCUCAUAGCAAUGGGCCUGCAGCAAUCGAGGAAUGCUGUAACUGGUUCCGCAAGAGAGUUGAAGAACUAAACGGUGAAAUGUACAGGCAGACAAACUACCAUCAAGAGCAGGCAGCCAAUUGCGUUGUGGCGACUGUGAACUAUGAACGACUGGCUGGGCAUGGUCCUAAAUUAGGUCCCGUAACCCGAAAGUUUCCAUUAGUUACGAGCUACUUUACAUACCCAUUUAAAGAGCUAACCUUGGAAGAAGAAGAACGCAUGUUGCAUCAACCUGACAAAGCAAGUUAUUUUAUGGCCCACAAUGGUUGGGUGAUGGGAGAUGACCCUUUAAGAAAUUUUGCUGAACCAGGUUCCCAUGUUUACUUGAGAAGAGAACUCAUUUGCUGGGGUGACAGUGUCAAGCUACGUUACGGGAACAAACCAGAAGACUGCCCUUAUCUCUGGGCUCACAUGAAAAAAUACACCGAGUUGACUGCCAAAUAUUUCCAUGGAGUGCGGCUUGACAACUGUCACUCGACGCCUCUUAAUGUAGCUGAGGAGAUGCUGGCAGCAGCCAGGUCAGUCAGACCUAAUCUUUACGUGAUAGCAGAACUCUUCACGGGAAGUGAGGUCAUUGACAAUGUCUUUGUCAACCGCCUUGGGAUUACCAGUCUGAUUAGAGAGGCAAUGAGUGCUUACAACAGUCAUGAAGAGGGGAGAUUAGUUUAUCGCUUUGGAGGAGAGCCAGUUGGGUCUUUCGUUCAGCCACGCCUGAGGCCCUUAAUGCCUGCUAUUGCUCAUGCGUUGUUCAUGGACAUAACACAUGAUAAUGAAUGUCCAAUUCAGCAUCGGUCGGCAUAUGAUGCCCUUCCCAGCUCGACUAUCGUCUCCAUGGCCUGCUGUGCCUCAGGCAGCACUAGAGGAUAUGAUGAACUAGUACCACAUCAGAUUUCUGUAGUCACUGAAGAGCGAUUUUAUCCAAAGUGGAAUCCAGCAGCGACACUUUCCACACCUGGUGAAGUAAAUCUCAAAACCGGAAUUAUAGCAGGAAGGCUGGCUAUCAACAGAUUACACCAAGAGCUAGGAGCCAGAGAUUUUAACCAGGUAUAUGUGGAUCAAGUUGAUGAGGAUAUUGUGGCUGUGACGAGGCAUUGUCCUAACACGCACCAGUCUGUGGUCGCUGUUUCGCGAACAGCUUUCAGAGAUCCCAAAACAUCCUUCUACAGCCAAGAAGUUCCCCAGAUGUGUAUUCCAGGCAAAAUUGAAGAGGUGGUUCUCGAAGCGAGGACCAUCGAAAGAAGUGCUCCCCCUUAUAGAAAAGACGAGCACUCAAUCAAUGGAUUGCCUGAUUAUACAGUUGAACUCCGGGAACACAUCCAGCUCAAGGAAAGUAAAAUAAUAAAGCAAGCUUCAAUCGCUACGAAAGGCCCUAAUGAAUUCGUACAAGAGAUAGAAUUUGAAAAGCUGACACCGGGAAGUGUGAUCAUAUUUAGGGUAAGCCUUGACCCGAAAGCACAAGAGGCUGUUGGAGUCCUGCGUAACCACCUGAUUCAGUUCAGCCCUCACUUUAAAUCUGGAAGUCUUCCCGAUGAUUGUUCAGAGCCGAUACUCAAGACACCCUUCUCAACUAUUGCAUCAAAAUUAACCUUGGCAGACCUAAACCAUGUAUUAUAUCGGUGUGAUGCUGAGGAGCAAGAGGACGGUGGAGGGUGUUACAACAUACCAGACUGGACACCCCUUAAAUAUGCAGGUCUUCAAGGAAUAAUGUCGGUGAUGGGAGACAUACGACCAAAGAAUGAUUUGGGCCAUCCUUUCUGUGGUAACUUGAGAGCUGGGGACUGGAUGAUUGAUUACGUGAGCGAUCGGCUAAUUGCCCGUUCUGGCGCCUGCUCGGAAGUUGGCAAGUGGCUGAAAGCAAUGUUUGUCUACCUAAAGAGGGUUCCUCGUUACCUCAUUCCAUGCUACUUUGAUGCCAUAUUAGUUGGUGCAUACACGUCGCUGCUUGACUUGGUUUGGAAACAGAUGUCUAGCUUUGUUCAGAAUGGAUCGACAUUUGUUAAACAUCUUUCCUUGGGUUCGGUCCAGAUGUGUGGAAUAGGGAAGUAUCCGUCCUUGCCCCCUCUGUCUCCUGCCAUUCAGGAUGUUCCUUAUAGGCUGAACGACAUUACAAAGGAGAGAGAACAGAGCUGUGUUACUUUAGCAGCUGGCUUACCUCAUUUUUCAUCUGGCAUUUUCCGCUGCUGGGGAAGAGAUACAUUCAUUGCAUUGCGAGGUCUGCUGUUAGUUACUGGACGUUACUUGGAAGCGAGGAACAUAAUUUUAGCGUUUGCUGGUACGCUGAGACAUGGACUCAUUCCCAACUUGCUUGGCCAGGGCACUCAUGCUAGAUUCAAUUGCCGUGAUGCUGUCUGGUGGUGGCUACAGUGCAUACAAGACUACUGUAAGGUCGUUCCAAAUGGCACUGACAUUCUCAAGUGUCCUGUAUCCAGAAUGUAUCCCACAGAUGACUCCCCUCCUCUGCCACCGGGUCAAAAGGACCAGCCACUGUAUGAAGUAAUACAAGAAGCCAUGCAGAGACAUAUGCAAGGCAUACACUUCCGCGAAAGGAAUGCUGGUCCACAGAUAGAUCGGAAUAUGAGAGAUGAAGGUUUUAAUGUGACUGCGGGUGUGGACAUGGAAACUGGCUUUGUCUAUGGAGGGAACCGUUUUAAUUGUGGCACAUGGAUGGAUAAGAUGGGAGAGAGUGACAGAGCUCGCAACAAAGGAAUUCCAGCCACUCCAAGGGAUGGUUCUGCUGUGGAGAUAGUUGGUUUAUGCAAAUCAACAGUUCGCUGGUUACUGGAAUUGUCCAAGAAUAAUAUAUUUCCUUAUUCUGGAGUUACUAUCAAAAGACAUGGGAAAGAAGAGACCAUAACGUAUGAUCAGUGGAACAGAAAAAUCCUGGCACACUUUGAAAAGCUGUUCUUUGUCUCUGAGAAUCCAGCAGAUCCCAAUGAGAAACACCCAACUCUGGUUCACAAGCGAGGCAUCUAUAAGGACAGCUAUGGAGCUUCAAGUCCUUGGUGUGAUUAUCAACUAAGGCCAAAUUUCCCUAUAGCAAUGGUUGUGGCACCUGAAUUGUUCUCACCUGAGCGAGCAUGGAAAGCACUUGAAAUGGUAGAGGAAAAGCUACUAGGUCCACUUGGCAUGAAAACUUUGGACCCAGAUGAUAUGGUUUACUGUGGUGUCUACGACAAUGCCUUAGACAAUGAUAACUACAAUGUGGCAAGAGGAUUUAAUUAUCACCAAGGACCUGAAUGGCUGUGGCCAAUUGGAUAUUUUCUUCGUGCCAAGUUGUACUUCUCCAAGUUAAUUGGUCCAGAGAUCUAUGCGAAGACUGUCUAUUUGAUUAAGAAUGCUCUUUCUCGCCAUUACGUCCAUCUUGAGAGAUCACCUUGGAAAGGUCUUCCAGAACUGACUAACGAAAAUGGUCAGUACUGCCCUUUCAGCUGUGAAACUCAAGCCUGGUCCAUUGCUGUGAUCCUUGAGGUUCUCUAUGACUUGUAAACAUGUUUGCCUGCCUUGAUGAAACUGCUAGCUUUGUCACGAAUGCCGUAACCAUGCAUAUCCUGCUUUUAGUAGUGGACUGUGCCUGCACUGGCAAGACACUUGUAGGAGCAUUUGAUGCCCAUCCUUUGAGAAUCACACCAUGAUAUUUGUUUUGAUCGCGAGGAUCAGAAAAACUUAAAAGAACCAUCACUUGAGAAUAUAGUCAGACAUGUUUAGAUUAAAAGUAUUACACAUUCUACAGUAACAGGUUUCAAACUCGGUAUCUCUCUUUUCCUCAAGGUGACAAGCUAAUCAAAUGUUGAUGUGUUAUGUGCAUACCUAUAACAUUCAACCAAAGCUGGUUUCAAGUGGUGAAUCGGUGCUCUGGAUAUAGCUUACAGAGUCACCUUGAAGGGAAUUGGUUACCUCCUAUGACAGGCAUAGGCAAACUCAGCCCUCCAGAUGUUUUUGGGACUACAAUUCCCAUCAUCCCCGACCACUGGUCCUGUUAGCUAGGGGUCAUGGGAGUUGUAGUCCCAAAACAUCUAGAGGGCCGAGUUUGCCUAUGCCUGUCCUAUGAUAAGUGUUGGUUUUCCUCGUUCAGGUAAUUAAGUAAAAGUCGCAGCACUGAUUCCUGCUUUGCACCAUGGAGCCAUCAUGUCAAGUAGCUGCAUAGCAGUUUUUAAAUCUCGUGUUGCAGAGGCUUCCUCCAUGUGACAGGCUGCUUAUCUAAAGCAACUUGCUACAACCAUAGGGAAAAAAUAUAUUCUUUCACCCCACAUGCACUUGAUCUGGAUCUCAGUAGCCUGUGUUCAGCUUUGCCAUUAUAUCAGUGCAAUUAAUUAAUCAGCGAGAGACAGAUUAGGCAAGGAUGUCCCCUUCUGUUGCAAAAAAAAAGGAAAUGGCUUAAAAUAUACUGUGGUGACAAUUAAAUUUCACUGCCUGUUUCUUUAAUUUGUGCCUGUACUAGUAAUACUUUAUCGAUUUCAGUGCUUUUUUUAACACUUAUCCCCAAAGCGAAAGCAUAGUAGUUAGAGGUUUAUCAGAGAACAUGCUGAUCAUAGAGGCAGCUUAUAUUCUCUGUUCUUAAAAUCACUCAGUGCAGACAAACAGGUUGGAGAAUAUACUAUGCCGCAGCUAUAUUGUGAUACAUAUCACUUUUUAAAAGCACAAUAUAGUUAAUUUGUCUAUAUAGGUACUUUGAUACUAAGAAUAAUUUAAGAAAUCUGAAUGGUUGAUACUUGGACUACAGCUUCCAUUUGGUCAUAAUUAUGUCACUGAAUUUCACCUAAUAUUUUUUGGUAGGAUUUUUUUCAUCGAUAAACAACAAGUUCUAAUGUUUAUAUUAUUUUGACAUUUCUAAUCAAUUACAAUUAUAGUAAUGGGUGGUUAAUUAAAAUAUUAUAUAUCUGAUUUUUAUUUUUUUUUAAGACUCUUAUCAAAAGGACUUUUUCUUAGCCUGGUAUAUAUUUCCUCAAUCUGUUGGGAAAAUUUACUAGCCUUAACAUAUCUCUUGGCAUUUCAAAUAAAUUUCAUUAAAACAAUUAAAGCUGCAAUCCUAUAUUCAUUUGCCUGGGAAUCAAUCCCUUUAAACUCAAUGAGGCCAAAUUCUGAGUAGACUGUACUGUUUUGUUGCUGGAAAACAAGCUACUGAACCCAGAAUCCAUUUCCUUGGAAAUUAGAGCCAAUUAAUAUGACCAAUUUGUGACAAGUGUUACUGAAAUUGCUACCUUGAAGAAAUUUAUGGAUAUUACAUCUGCCCUUGUAAUAGCUCCACCUAGAUUACCUUUCAGCAGGCAAUGAAUCAAUAAUACUGACAGUUGUUAGAGACUCUCAGGCAAUUAAUAUUGUCAGAAAAGCGAAUUACCGUCAUAGUGACAUAUUUCCAAGUUGUGCUAUUUAGUAUUGAAAUCCCUUGGUGCCUGGAGUAAAAGUUUAUAUGAAAGUGCCAGCUCUCUUGCAUUUUUGCUUCCAGAACUCCACUAUCUUUCAGGUGCAAUUCAGUCACAUUUCUGCAAAUUCACAUUGCACAAUGAAAGUGGUUUUGGCGCUUUUGCACAGCAAACCUUUCCCCCACCCCACCCCAAAAAUAUGGCUUAUUGCAAUAAGGAAAGGGAUGGGGAAAUGCACUGAAAGAUAUAGGAUAACAGCUGCUUGAUGCUACAUCAUAUAACCUGACAAACAAAUCAUUAGACAUUGUAUAACCUCCAUGCAGAUUGUGUGCAAACAAAUCUGGAUGAAUGCACAAAAGCAGGCUAUUUGGAAGUGACCUGUAUUGAGCCCUGUGCUGUCCUGACUGCAUGGGAAGGCGGGUGUCUGAUUUUUAAUAGCAAAAGGUUUGUUCACAGCUUAAAAUUCAGUUUGCCAAAUUGCAUUUGUUACUAAAUAGAUUUGCACAUGGUUUGGGCAUUUCACAACAUUGAACAGGAAGAGUGAGUUGUCAGUGUUUUCUGUUCUGUUGAAGUUUUUCUUAAGUUGCACUGCCCUGUCUGAAAACAACAGAUAUUUUCAUGUUAAUAUAUUUCUUAUUUUGCAGUGAUUUUAAAAAUGCUUAAAUACAUUUCAGUUCUUCACCUGUACAAAUAAAUAGCAUACCUUAAGAUUUUUGAAUUAUGCUAACUGUUACCAAAAAAACUAAUGUUUUUAAUGUCAAUUGAAAUGCCUUAAUUGCGGGGUGGGAACUAAGCAUUAUUUUACCAACAGUGCUGUUGACCUAAAUUUCACUGUCCAAACUUGGUUGGGAAGAAAGGACACUUUUGUAUGAAAAUCUCCAUUCUGCUAUUUAGCCAGUGAACUCAGGCAUUCAUGAUAUUUGUUUCUGUCAAGAUGGAGAAUAGAAAAAUCUUCUGUGGAACUCAUAGUUAGUAUGUGCUUGGAGAACAAUAUUUAAUAAAGAUAAAGAGACUUAACAAUUAGGAGAUACUAGUAUCUUACACUACUGUGCAUCUUAAAGCAGUAUGCAGGUAACUCGCAACCUAUGCAAGGGUUUGGCCGUGGGGUUCCACACAUAAAUGCAAAAAGACGUAAAGCCAGGAAUACCCGGGACCGCCCCCCCCCCAAAGUUGGAGGACUUGCUUGGUUUUGGGGAAAAGGCUGGAAGGGCUCUAGGACCUUGCCAGAGCCCUUGUGCCACCUUCCCAAAAGUUGGGUAAGCCUGCAGUUGUAGCUUUCAUGGGAAGGUGGGAAAUAAGCAAAUGGAGAAUGGAUUUCUUCUGCUCUCCAUUUCCUACCCACAAAUGCAAAGCUACGAUCGUGUAAGUAAAAUAAGCCUUUGAGUUACCUGUACACAAUGUGAGUAUAAAAUGCGACUGAAGUUUACAGCUUGUUCUAGCAGACAUUGCAAAGCCAACAGGUUGAUGCCAACAACAUACGAUUAACAAUACUCUCUGUAGGUAGACCGAAAAGGUAACUGCAUAUCUUCCACAGUCUUAUCUUCUGCCAUGCAUCCUAGCAAUCAGUGUUUCGUUCUCUUUCAAACAAUAGAGCAAAAGCCAUCUGGGUAUCUCAUCUGUACAUGUUGCUGCUGCUGCUUAACUGAAAUAGCGAUGUAAUUUGCAUUUCAGAAGGUACUUACCAAACCUGAAAAACAAUUUAAAAGGGAAUCAUAGUUAAUGCUGCAUGUCAUAUGAUGAGAAGUGCAAUUGUUGCACACGUGAGUCCUGUGUGUCUUGUCUGGUACAGUUAUUUUUGUUACAUGGACGAUUAUUUUCUGCAGUUAUGUGAGUGACAUACAAUAAAAGUCUAACAAAG